AUGCCAGCUGUAAAUGCAGGAGAUAAGCUGUAUCUCACAGCAUCUAUCUUAGAUAAUAUCUUCACACUGGAAAAUACAGUGGUGGGUUCUUACGACCCGAAUGACAAAACUUGUCUCCAAGGUGAUCGAGUAAAACCCGACAUGGUCGGCGAGUACGUCGACUAUCUGAUCCGCUUCGAGAAUACAGGCAACUAUGCUGCAGAAAAUGUUGUAGUCAAAGACAUCAUUGAUACCAAAACAUUUGACGUCAGCACACUGAAAAUCACAGAUUCAAGUCAUGAAGUUUAUACGCGCAUCGAAGGCAAUAAAGUAGAGUUCAUCUUUGAGAAUAUCCAAUUACCCUUCGAAGAUGCCAAUAAUGAUGGGUACAUUGCCUUCAAGAUCAAGACAUUGCCCACGUUAGUCCUUGGCGAUUCACUCAAAAAUCUAGCAGACAUCUAUUUUGAUUAUAACUUCCCUAUACGUACCAAUGAAGCGCAGACGACCGUAGCUUUCCCAGUUUUUACCAAAGAUAUCACCACAGAAGUAAAUAUCUAUCCUAAUCCAGUUACUGAAAUCUUGUACCUAGAUAAAAAUGAUCAUUGGACCAAAGCAGAAAUCUAUGAUAUCGCUGGAAGGAUUAUGAGAUCAGCAUCCUUGGAAGGUGAUCGCGUCAAACCCGAUAUGGUGGGCGAGUACGUGGACUAUCUCAUCCGCUUUGAAAAUACUGGUAACUAUGCCGCUGAAAAUGUCGUAGUCAAAGAUAUCAUCGAUACCAAGACCUUCGACGUCAGUACCCUGAAAAUCACAGAUGCCAGCCACGAAGUUUAUACCCGUAUCGAAGACAAUAAAGUAGAGUUCAUCUUUGAGAAUAUCCAAUUACCAUUCGAUGAUGCCAAUAAUGAUGGUUACAUCGCCUUCAAGAUCAAGACCUUACCUACUCUAAUUAUUGAUUUUCCGGAUGCUAAUUUUAAGAAUGCAUUGGUGAAUAGUAAAUGCGCGGAUACUGAUGGAGAUAAUAUUUUUGAUGCUGAUGUAGAUUUUAAUGCUGAUGGGGAGAUAGAUGUAGAUGAAGCAUUAAGAGUUACUAAUAAAAUACCCGAAAAAGCAUUGGAAAUCAUUCUACAUGGUGGUGACAAUUCUUACGGUGUGGCUUACGGAAAUGUGGCCAAUGAUUAUCUCUACGACCUUGCAAAUGAAGGUGGAGAAUCCCAACGUACCAGACUUGCUAGUCAGAUAGGAAGUCAACUCACAGGCAUCACCUAUAUCAUGGAUGAGCCAAGCAUCGGAUUGCAUCAGCGUGACAACCAUAAACUCAUCAAAGCUCUCAGAGACUUGACGGAAAUAGGCAAUUCUGUGUUAGUUGUAGAGCAUGACAAGGAUAUCAUGUUGGCAUCAGAUUACAUCAUAGAUCUUGGUCCAGGCGCAGGCAUGCAUGGUGGGGAGAUCGUGACCAUGGAUAAACUGGUAGAAAAAGGAAAUACUGUCAUCAUCAUUGAACACAACAUGGAUGUCAUCAAGGUAUCAGAUUAUGUGGUAGAUUUAGGUCCUGAAGGUGGAAAAGCAGGCGGUAUUAUCCAAUUUGCAGGUACACCCGAAGCCAUGAUCAAAAAGAGUAAUGGCCACACAGCAGAAUAUCUUAAGAAGGAAAUGUAA